UCCUGCAAGAACCCCCACCAACUAAGGAGGUUCCUCGAUGAACCCCACCUCCUAUGGAGGUUCUUCUUGGAAUAACCUUUUUAGGGGCAAUUUUCAGUGCCAAGAACCCUAAGGUUUUUUGAGGAUCUUAGAAGAACCCUUGUUGAACCCCUCAUUUUUGUGUGUGUAUAAUAACCCGCUUAGCAGGGUAAGAGUCAGUGACCUCGAGCUCACAGAGACAGACAAGGUCUUUGUUUUCUCAUCUCUCCCACUCAGACUGACAGGACACGGGCAUGUAUCUAACUCACUCUAUUAGCGCGUCCCCGCAUGGCCCGUCCUAGACAAUCAUUCGUUUAUUGUUGUCCUAGUCUAAAGAUAAAGGUCAUGUCGGCUGAAACAGUACGCCGCGCGCUAUUGAUUUUCGAUCUAGAUGGUGCUAAUGAACCUCUCUAGCUCUGCGAAGGCCCGUACUGCGCCGUGCGCAUGCGUCAAGAGGAGGCUUCUCAUUUCGCUGGCUGCUUCAUAGUCAGUCCCCGCAGCCCACAGUAGGCAACAACAGUCGCUACCUGCCUGUCUAGCGGAACGGAUAUGGCUKCCCACUCACCCCGGCUUUUUCCCAGACCCAAGCGGCUUGUUGCCAUGCAAGGGCCGACAUGACAGUACACGGACGAGAGAAGACCCCUGGCCGGCUCCGCCUGUCGGUCCCGUUAGAAGCAGGGAGAGGAGCGGGUCGAUAUGCCGUGUUGCUGGCUCUGUGCGCGCUGUGCUACAGCAACUCUCUGCACGGGGAGUUCGUGCACGACGAUGUGUGGGCUAUCAGCAAUAACCCCGACGUCCGGCCCGGGUCCAGCCUGCAGAGCAUCUUCUCCAACGACUUUUGGGGCAAGAGGAUGGCGGACAACACAAGCCACAAGUCCUACAGACCGUUAUGCAUCCUCACCUUCAAAUUGAACAUCCUCUUGGGUGGAAUGACCCCUCUCUACUUCCAUGUGGUCAACGUGUGUCUUCACUGUGCCGUGACCUGUCUGCUCAUGCACACGUGUGAUCGUUGCGUGUUCGACGACCACCGUCUGGCCUUCCUCACCGCCCUCCUCUUCGCUGUGCACCCCAUACACACUGAGGCUGUGUCUGGUAUCGUGGGCAGGGCGGAUGUCUUGGCCUGCAUGUUGUUCCUCCUGGCCUUUCUCUCCUAUAUUAGGAGUGUGGGUGUGUGUGAUUCUGCAGACUGUCUGCCCUCCACUGUGUCUGUGUGGGCGCUGGGUGCCAGUCUGCUGCUGGGUACCUGUGCCAUGCUGGUCAAGGAGACGGGCAUCACCGUCUUCGGGGUGUGUGUGUUCUACGACGCCCUGGUGCUCUGCCGCAAGCCCCUCCUCUUACAUGCACCCCAACUCUCUCUACAUGACUGACAUUCAUUCAGUGGACCGGAUCUCCUCUUCCUCUUUACCAUUCGCCACAGAAGAUCUGUUAUCACAACAGGAUAUACACAGUGAUGCAUCAUCCACUUAAGAUUUGGAGUGUAUAUGCCCCAUUGUCUUUAGCCCGUGGAAUGUCGAACCUAGAAAUAUAUAGACAUAAUAAUAAUCAGUCAUGCAACUUUUAAUACUGUUUUUAUUCAGGUUAAUUUCCUUUUGAUUAGUUUUCCUUUUCAGUAAAUACAAAUAAAUUAUUGUAAGGCUCAGACAGAAAUCAGAGUCAAUGUUUUAUUUGAUUGUAAGAUUUCAGAUGACAGUAGUUGAAAUGCUAAUCAUUUGUAAUAUCACUUGAUUAAACAUGCAUGCAUAUUUAUGUUUAA